AUGCCCUUUCUAAACACGCGCAUAAGGCGGCUUCUGGGCAGGCUGCUCAUCUUGGCCAUAUUCGGCAUUCUAACCGACACUUCCUGGGUCAUAUACCGCGCGAACAACACAAUAUCGGCUGCUGGUCAGUCGAAUUCGGGCAUUGAAUUGGUUGGUGGCGAAGGAGAAGGGACGCAAAAGGGGGGGAAACAGCGCAUAUUCAUAUCUAGCACGCACUGGAACAACGAGGCUAUCCUAAGGUCGCACUGGAACACGGCGCUGGUCCAACUGGUCAAAUCCCUGGGUCCGGAGAAUGUAUUUGUCUCGAUUAUCGAGAGUGGCAGCUGGGAUGGCACCAAAAAUGCCCUCCAUGACCUCGAUGAUGCACUGGGCCAGAUGGGAGUGAAACGCAGCAUUAGCAUGAGUGAAACGACACAUUCGGAUGAAAUUGCCAAAGUGCCUAAGGACAAGGGCAAGAGAGAUGGAGAGGGGGAAGAGGAUGAGGAGGAGGAGGAGGAAGAGGAUGGCUGGAUUUACACGUCGCGAGGGCGCAAGGAGUUGAGGAGGAUACCGUUUCUGUCAAAGCAGAGGAACGAUAGUUUGAAGCCCUUGGUUGCUCUCGAAAGCAAGUUUGGGAUGCGGUUUGAUAAGAUUUUGUUUUUGAAUGAUGUCGUUUUUACGAAUGACGACUUCUACACCCUCCUCAACACAAAUCAUGGCUCUUAUGCGGCAGCCUGCGCAUUGGACUUUUCCAAGCCACCUUACUUUUACGACACGUUUGCCCUCCGUGACGUUGAAGGCCAUGAGGUGAUGAUGCAGACAUGGCCGUAUUUUCGAGCCAGUCAAUCUCGACAAGCACUUGAGCAUGGCGAGGCGACUCCAGUGCGAAGCUGUUGGAACAGUAUGGUCAUAAUGGACUCUGCCCCUUUCUAUGACACUGCACACCCACUCCGAUUCCGCGGCAUCCCAGACAGUCUAGCCAAAUACCACCUUGAGGGCUCAGAAUGCUGUAUUAUCCACGCCGACAACCCCCUCUCCGCCGAGAAGGGGGUAUGGUUGAACCCAAAUGUGCGAGUAGGCUACGACGGCAAAGCUUACGAAUACGUGCAUGCACCUGGGUGGCCAUCGUCAUCUUCUUCGACCAGUAGUAAAUGGCGAAUCUGGAGAUGGACGUGGGAGAGUCGUCUUCGUCGGUGGUUUACUACGGAUCGUUUCAAGCGAAAGGCUGUUUCACGUCGAGUGAAAGAGUGGCAGACGACGACUAUGGAAGGAAGAGAGGAAAAGGGAAGUUUCUGUCUAGUGAAUGAGAUGCACGUGUUGGCUGAGAACGGAUGGGCGCAUAUCUGA